AUGAGUUCGACGGUAUUCCCCAAACAACCACGAGCACGAGCAUAUCCAAUCCAUGUCAAGGUCAAAGUCAAGGUCACCUCGACGACCCUGCUGCUGCAUCGAUCUGAAUUCAGCUAUACCACCACUGGUACCAUCUCUUCACCACUUACUAAAGGGAUACCUCGUAUACCGGAUGACAUAUCAGUUAUAUUACUUGACAUCUAUCGAAUCAGGGUGGACAGUGUAUACAAGAUCCUCCACGUGCCCAGCACCAUUGCACAAAUCAGACUGCUCCAUGACUCUACGGGCUCAACUUCAAACAGCAGUAGCUCACUCCAAGCCCUUGAAUUCGCCAUAUACUACAUGUCUCUCUGCACCAUUACAGACGUCGAAUCACAAGAGAGGCUCAAGUUCUCCAACCGCAAGGAUCUCCUCCACCAAUGCCGAACAUCAACAGAGUAUUUUCUGCAGAAAGCGAAUCUACUACGCGACCCCAGCAUGAAAUCCCUCCAAGCAUUCGUGAUAUACAUUCUCGCCAUACAAACCAACGUAAGCCGUGCGGCAAGUUGGUCUCUAGUAUCCCUGGCGAUCCGACUCGGCAAGGCCCUCCAUUUGGACCGCGAUCAGAAUCCUCCUCCUCCUCUUCCUGGCACCACCGCCAGGGUCUAUUUGCCAUUUGAGAUUCAAGAACGUCGUAGACUCUGGUUCAGUAUUGGAAUCAUCGAUACCCAAACGGCCCUCGACAGGGGGAGUCUCCCGCUAUUUUCGUCUUCGGACGUCCAGACACCACCUCUCUAUAUCGACGACGCCGAAAUGACAUAUCUCUCAGAAACAACCCCGCAAGGGCAGGGAAUACGCCGACGAAACCCAGGGGAAUUCACAGAAAUGUCCUUUUCUUCCCUCACGCACGAAGCCAUGUUGUGUCACCUCAAGCUCUGCGAGAUCCCAAACUGGAUUGGGUCCGAACCGAAUCGGCAAGGUUGGGAUGAGAAAUUGAGGAUUGUCAAGGCCUUUGAAACUUCGAUGGCGUCCAAGUUUUGUCGCGUACGGGAAAACGCAGCAAGAACAGAGGCAAGUCCAUUGGAAAAGUUGGCAGAGACUGCAGCCCACGACAUAUCAUGUUCAAUGUACCUCUUACUCUGGAGACCUCCGUAUUAUUGUCACCUUCCGCGUAACAAACACAACGGUACUUCUACUACUAGGACCACCACCACAAUCACCGGCAGUGGUGGCGACUCCAUGAUUCCACCCUGGCACAAGGACUUGUGUACCGACACCGACUUUGACGUCCUCACCUCGGCGACGGAGGUGAUGGGGGGUCACCUACAGACCAAAUCGGUCGAGUUCUCUCCAUGGGCAUGGAAAGUCUGGGACAAAUGGUACGCCCUGGCCGUCGUCCUGGCCGAAUUGUGCGCCGCACCUUUCGGUCCGAAGUCGGAUUGGGCCUUUGAGGUGGCGGAAAGAUAUUUCGACCGGCACUCGCACCUCGUCGACGACCCGGACUCGUCGAGGUCGUGGAGGCCAGGUGAGGUCACUGAGAAGCAAUCACGAUCACGUCCACAACUCGAAUUCGAACUCGAACUCGAAUAUACCACCACCACAACCUUUCAGGUCGGGGUGGCGGCGAAGGGAUGA